GUUAUGUGGGCGCUGGGGCAGCACAGCAUUACCAGCCUCUCGGUCAGUUACAUGGGUGUGACUGUUUUCCAUAAAAUGUAAGAAAAUGAAAACGAAAGUAGGCUUCAAUAAGCAUCGCAAGCUGGAGGAUGGCGUCUGCCGCUCAGUCUGAUGAGGAAAACACAUCUGAAGGUGAAUCUUACGUCAGUGAUGAGACAGACAGUGACGAAUAUUCAGAUGAAGAAUCCGACGACGGUCAGAGGGAGCCUUGCAAGUUUUACAACAGAGGCAGCUGUCGGGACGGUGACGAGUGCCCUUACUUGCAUGUUUGCAAGUUUGCCCUGAAAGGAAACUGUCGCAAAGGAUCCAAAUGUAAGCUGAAGCACCCCGGAGGUGGAAGAUCUUCCUUUGGUGGAAGCAACAGGUCUUCGGACAGAUCAACAUCUACAGAUGAAAAGCUUACUGAUGGCCGAUGCUACCAGUGGCAGCUGAAUGAUGGAAGUUGCUGGAUGGAUGUUGAUAAUGAUCACAUUAUUGAGGCCCAGUACUCCCUGCCCCACACCAAAAGCAUUAAAAUCUACAACACACAAUAUGGGGCAGUGAGUAUAGAUUUUAACAAAAUGAGAGUGUAUGGAAAGAGACUGAAAGUGAGACGUUUGGAUGAUGGAAACACUGUGUGGAUUUGGUACUGCACCUUGAGUCAUAAGUGGAUCAAGUAUGGAGAGAAGGAUUCAAAGGGUAACCCCAGUCCUGUGAAGAACUCUGACAUAGAGGUGAAGUUCCAGAGUAACCCAACAAGCUCUUUUACUUUCAGAAAGGGCUCAGAAACCUUUGAGAUUAAAUUCCCAGAGAUGCGACAGGUGAGUCAUAAUAGAAAGAGGAGAGUUACUCGUCGUCCAGUGUACCAACAACAACAAGCAGGAGCAGCAGCUUCUCAGGCAGCACAAGGUUUACAGAACCUUAACAUAGGCACCAAACCAAAAUGGCAGUUUGAGGGAGACAGUGGAAAAUGGCAUGAGUUCAAACAAAGGAGGGGCAGUUCAACUGAAAGCUCAGUAACCAGCGAUGACAUUGAGAGGAAGUUCCAGCAAAACCCCAACAGCAAAAUGACCUUCAAAGUGAACGGACACUCCUACCAGCUGGACUUUGGAGCGAUGAUCCAAACCAACCUGAAGACCAAACAUACGCGCAACAUCAGACGUGUGUUGGUGUGAGCACAAAAGAGGAUUAUGAAGACCUUAAGAACACAAUUGUGCAAUAUCGUAUUCUAUGCUUUAAUCGGAUAUUCAUUUAUUUUGUGUGUUGGGAGAAUACUUUUUAUUGUUGGCUUUCAAUAGGUUUGUUUCUACAUUGGCCUCUUUAUGGAAAAUCUAACAUUGUGUUUACAUUAGAGGGGGAUAAGUGAUGCCAUCAUAAUUUCUAAUUUGAUUUGUUUCAUAAGACAUGAUUUGCUGUGCACUUCCGUGCCAGAGGGAUGCAAAUAAUUUAUGGUGCUACAGAAUAUGAAGAAGAAAAUUAACAAAUAGACAAACACUGCAAUAAUUAUUAGAUAUAAUAUUUGAUGGUACAUUCAUGCUCUAACAUAUUUACAAACUGCCAAACCAAACCCAGUGCAAAUUCAAGGUUAUUUACUAUGCUGCCUUUGCACAUUGGUUUUACAUGACAUACCUCUGAAGCUGGUGACUCAGGUGGUUACAUUAUGCCGUAAAAACACUUAUGAUUGUGGAUUCUUCAGCUCAAUUCAUAUCGUUUUUUACUCAAGGUUGGAAGGCCAGCCUCAUAUCUUAUUCUGCUUCAUACUAAAGUAUUCUGUGUAGAACUGAUGUACAUGUGUAACCUGCACUGAACUGGGAUCAUAUUGAAUGCAAGUUUUAAAAAAAAAAAAAAAGGAAAAAAGCAUUACUGUCUGUUUUGUUGUUUUUGAGUCAAUAUGAGAUGAUACCAGUACUUUCCCCCUUCACUCAAAGAUGUGUUUGGUCGUUGUUAUUUCAUUCUGUGCAAAAUAAUGUAUAUGUAGGGAUUGAAGCUGUUUUCACAUUUAUCUGCUGAAGGGGGAAAUGUUUCUCUGUGUCACCUUAUUUCUAGGUUUAACACGUAUAUGCAGGUUAGCGCGAUAUAUUCACCCCCAGGGAUGUGAUGUCAAGUUUAUUCCUGGUCCUUUCUUCACGCAGACAUACAGGAGAUGUAAUCACAUACAACAAAACAAAAGGUCAAAUGUUGCCAGACGUGCCAAUACACUUAAUGUCAUUCUUGCAAGUCACUGUUUACUUAAGCUCUAUGGAAACUUCAAUAUUGAAUAGAAAAUAAUCACAGCGUGCUGUCAUGAUAAAAUAAACAGGCUACAGUAGAUACCUGCUCGUCAGACUAAGUCUGGUUUGAUGACGGACUUCUGUCUUUUUAUGCUUUCCUGUGGAGUACAGAUUUUUUUAACCCAUAUCUCUGCAAAUAUCCGAGCAAGGGAGGAGGAAAUCCCUAGUCCAUUUACUGCGUCGUUACGUAGCCCUUGGUCCAUUUAAUGCGUCAGACGCAGUGUCAUCUCUAUUGACACAUGAGCGCUGACAGUCCAAAGUCCUUUUCUGAUUUUAUUAUUGUUUGCACUAAUGACUGUUCUCACGUUGCAGCCAUUUACUUACUUAGAUU